AUGCCAUUAACUAAUAAAAAGACUGACGGUUUAAAAAAAGAACUUGGUCCUGCACCAGCAAAUGGAAUACGAACACAUUGUUGUGCAACAUUUGCUGUUAAAAGAGAAGCUAUUCUUACUCAUCCAACAAUAGUUUAUUCAAAUAUUCUUGAUUAUCUUCUGACUACUAGUUAUUCAGAUUAUUAUACAAGUAGAACACUUGAAUAUGCUUGA